AUGGCUCACGAGUUAGUGAACAGCAAAAUACAGCUGGGGAAGGUGGUCGUGUUCAUCAAGCCCACCUGCCCCUACUGUAGAAAGACCGAAGAGAUCCUCAGUCAGUUGCCCUUCAAACAAGGGGUUCUGGAAUUUGUCGAUAUCACAGCCACCGACGACAUAAAUGAGAUUCAAGAUUAUUUGCAACAGCUCACAGGAGCAAGAAUGGUGCCUCGAGUCUUUAUCGGCAAAAAUUGCGAAGGUGGGUGCAGUGAUCUAAUAACUAUGCAACAGAGUGGGGAACUGGUGACGCGGCUAAAGCAGAUUGGAGCUCUGCAGUAA